AUGUUUGAGGAACUGAAGGAAGCCAUACUGACAGAAGUUAUGGAAGAUGUAACUGCUAUGAGUCAUGAAACACAUUAUGAUUAUAUGGUCUGGGUGCUUACUCCUUCCAAACUCUAUGACAAAACUGAAUUCCUAAAGUCCUGUGCUAAUGGUCUUUUCAGGUGGAACACUGGAGAGGUGAGCCAGAGACAAGAGCUGAAACCGAACUCAGAAUCUGACAAGUUGCCCAGGCUGCCUCUCAGAAUUACCAAGGAAACCCAGCGUUUGCUGGCAGAACUGGUUCCUGGCAUUAAAGUAAAACAAGAGGAGAACAACACCUGUUAUUUUCAUGUGGUCAUUGCUGGCCUGCAGAAUUCCUUCUUUGAAGGAAGGACUUUUAAAUUUGAACUAUUCCUUCCAGAAGAAUGCUUAAUGGCAGUAUCUAAGGUACAUUGCAUGACCAAAAUAUGUCAUCCUAAUGUAGACAAGAUGGAAAGAGAUAUUUUGAAAGAUAAGUGGUCCUCAGAACUGCAGAUCCGCAUAGUUCUGCUAUCAACCCAGGCUUUGUUAAGUGCACCUAAUCCAAAUGAUCUGUUAGUAAAUGCUGCAGCCAAGCAAUGGAAGACCAAUGGAGCCCAAGCCAUAGAAACAGUGCGGCCAUGGGCUAGGCUAUGUGCCAGGAAUAUUCAAGCUGAUGAGAUUAUCAGGUGUACACCAGUUCUGUUCUGA